AUGGUCACAAAUGGUCCCGGUUCCCAAAACACGAGGAAGCACCUCCUAAGGAGAUUAGAUGGCAAAUACUUCAGAGAUAUAAUGACGAAAAUGCGCAGCAACGUUAUAAGAAUGUUGAUUGUUAUUUCGCUCGCUGCUAUAACACACGUUGUGACCAAGGUAUGUGAAAUGUUAGACCAGUGUUCGUGCAGGAAGGAAAAUGGGAAGAUCAUCAGUUUAUGGGGCAUCGAUGGAGGUUCCAAGGAACCAGCCUUCAAAGGCCUUGUAGUUCUGAGCCCUCCGGGUGUAUUAUACAAAUUUGAUUGGAAUCCAUGUACGAAGUUUAGUGCAGGAGCUGGAUGCUCAAAUGUGUUUAUGUGUGAAACAACGUCCUCUAGCCCAUAUGCCAACUCUGUGAACAAAUUUACAAUUGAAAGUGAUGGAACAACCACCAUAGUUUAUAACAAAAUUGAAGGGGGUGACCACGAAAGGGAGGUUACCAUCAAUCUUAAGUGUGACAAAAACAAAUACCCGGGGGAAAUGGAUGGCAUCUCCAUAAGAGGAACAACUGCAUCUGCAAGCCUAACGUCCAAGUGCGCUUGUGAAGAUAGCUGCUCUCAUCCUGAUUUUAGUAUAAAAAACCGGCUUAGCAUUGGAAGCAUCUUGUUGAUAGUGUUUUUUCCAUUACUUCUGCUGUAUUUCAUGGCUGGUUUAUUAUAUAAUAAAUUCCACAAGGGUGUUAACAGCUUUCCUGAAAUGAUCCCUAAUCAUUCUUUUUGGGGCGAAUUUCCAGUCUUAGUCAAGGAUGGCUGUGUUUUCACUUUUCAAGGAAUAGCCGGCUUUUGUCAACGUUUGUUCUUGAAAGCUAAAGGGGGCUCCUAUGCAGAAAUUUAAGAAUGUCGUUUCUCACGUCUUUUUUUUAAAUAACUACGUAAUGAAAAAGUUAUCGAUAAAUGGUACAAGAAAUGACAUA